GGCAGAUGUUACGGAACCUGUUCCUUGUCCAGAUGCAUUGGCAACUUUUGGCUCUCCUCUCCCUUGUUUGUCAGACGCUUAUAUUGACGUUAGCUGCAAGAAAACGAAGUGAGAGCUGGCGACAGGACUGCAGGAGCUGUCUGGAGUGUUCGAAGGAAAACGGCUGUCUGCGCUGCUCUGAGCGCCUCUUCCUGUUCCUGAACAGAGAUGGCAUGAGUCACCACGGCUCUUGUGUUCACUCCUGUCCCUCCGGACACUUCGGCCUCCGAGCCAAAGAUCUCAACCGCUGCAUGAAAUGCAAAGCUCCAGAGUGUGAGAGGUGUUUCAGUAAAGACUUCUGCACUAAGUGCAAGGGAGGAUAUCUGCUCUUCAAAGGCAAAUGCUUCAAAAACUGUCCAGAGGGCACAUUUCUUCAGUCCACAGAAUGCGUUGAAGGCUGUGUGCUCAGUCUCUUUGGGCUUUGGGGUGAAUGGAGCCCAUGUCAGCACAGCGGCCUGAGCUGUGGUGUCAGAUGGGGGCAGCAGAGCAGGACCCGUGAGGUGUCCAGAAACACACCUGAAGAGACAGAAUCCCUCUGCCCACCUCAGACUGAGAGCAGAAAGUGCAGGAUGAAGAAAAAGAGUCCAAAAGACAAAAAGAAAAAUGUAAGGAUAGAAGGAAGAAGAAAGGCACAGAAAAUGCUGAAGCUCUUUUGGAACGAAACUGUCACAGAACCUCCAUGGCAAAUGUAAAGAAACAUUUUUAUAUAUAUAUGAUGAAUAACAGAUGAACAGCUUUGUGUGGUUUUAGCUGUAUCUCCACAACUUUCUCUACAUGCCUUGGGCUGUUCUAUGUUUUCCAACCACAUACUCCUCCCUAUAUUUGACUACUUUGGUAUAAUUGCAUUAGAAAAAAGAAACAAGAACAAUGUAAAGAAUUGUGUAAAGAGAUGCUAAAAU